CCCACCGAAUAUCUCAGAGAUGAAUUCCCAGCCUGUCCAUGGACUGCCCUUCCUGCCUGGGAACACAUACAGGGACCCCACGAAAACGGCUUACCAUCGCUCACAGACUCUGACGUACAAGAACGGAUACAGCCGCCCUCUGCUCCCGACCGUAGGCAUCGGCGGAGAUCCGAUCCACGUCAAUCAGCUGUCACAGGCUGACCUCGACGAGCUGGCCAACAAGAGGCCCACCCUGACCUACGGCCAAGCCAAGCAAGCCCCGCCGUCCAGCUUUGUCCCGGCUCACGUGGCUUUUGACAAAAAGGUGUUAAAAUUUGAAGCCUACUUCCAAGAGACAGUCCCCAUCUCCCAGGACGAGCGCUGCAGAGUCCGUAAAGUGUCUCUGUACUAUUACCUGGAAGACGACAGCAUGUCGGUCGUUGAGCCUGCGGUGGAGAAUUCGGGGAUACCCCAGGGCACGUUCAUCAAGCGUCAGAGACACCCAAAGAAUGACUUUGGAGAUCAUUACCACUGGAAGGACCUCAACGUGGCCAUCAACGUCACCCUGUACGGCAGGACCUUCCGGCUUGUGAGCUGCGACAGAUUGACGCAGGAUUUCCUGGAGAGUCAGGGCAUCGAGUUAAACUCACCCGAGGAAAUUCCUACGGACGCCUUCACGUCUCUCCGCAGGGAGCCCGAUCGCACCUUCACCACCUCGUCUGACUUCGAUAAACUCAAGCAGUUCCUGACCAUGGACAAGAAGGUUCUGCGUUUUUUCGCUCUGUGGGAUGACUCUGACAGUAUGUUCGGCGACGCGCGUUCGGUCAUCAUACACUAUUACCUGGUGGAUGACACGGUGGAGAUUCGCGAGGUGCACGAGCGCAAUGACGGGAGAGACCCCUUCCCGGUGCUGAUGAAGAGGCAGCGCCUGCCCAAAUCUCUGAAGAACCUGAACGACACUUUCCCGCGCACCGUGCUCGAGGUAUCCGACCAGGAGGUCACCGAGUGGUACUCGCCCCGGGAUUUCGCCGUCGGAGCCCACGUCUCCAUCCUCGGACGCACCUUUUUCCUUUACGACUGCGACGGCUACACAAAGGAGUUCUAUCGCCAGAAACUGGGGGUCUCCGAUUUCAAGGCUGUCGAUGUGAAAAAGAAAGCAGAGGAAGAAGUCGCUAAGGAAAUUCCCCCGUACAAUGGAUUUGGAUUGCUGGAAGACUCGCUCCAGAACUGCCUCUCUCUGGUGCCCAAACCUCCUAAGAAAGACGUCAUCAAGAUGUUAGAGAAUGACCAUAAGGUGUUGCGUUACGCCCUGGCUUUGGAGUCCAUGAACCCCGAAGACAAGGGACGCCGGUUCAUCCUUUCCUACUACCUGUCAGAUGAUACGAUCAGCAUCUUUGAGCCACAGAUUCGGAACUUUGGCAUCAUCGGCGGGAAAUUCUUAGAGAAAUCCAGGGUUCCCAAACCAGGAUCUUCCAUCGACAGCCCCAGCUACUACGGGCCGGCAGAUUUUGCCAUUGGAGGUGUUGUUGAAGUUUUUAAACACAGAUUUGUUAUCACGGAUGCCGAUGAAUAUGUUUUAAAAUACAUGAAGGCGCACGCCGAUAUAUAUCCAUCCGGAGUGAUCAUCUCAUUGGAAAAGCAUUUGCACCCCGAGGCAGAGACGCCUACAUUUCAGAGUUGAUCACCAGGUCAUCUGAAAACAUCAAACACCAUCGACAUCCCCAAGAAGACCCAACCGCUCAUACACCCGAGCCACAACACCAAGCAUACAGUCGCUCUGAUCAGAUUCUGUCUCUAAUGUAUAAACUCAACAUACCGAUGAUAUUUAUUUUACAGAGAACCACCAUAAACAUCUUCUUA